AAAAUUCACCCCGUCAUUUUGUGACAUAUCGCGCCAAAUUAACGUCAUGGAUUGGGACUCCGACCUCUGUUUGUACGAAAAACCGCAACCUUUGCAAAAAUUUAAAGUCGUGGGGCUUUUGCCGCACCCUAAUUUCCAAAAAUGCCGCUAUUUGGUGGAAAUGCUGCACUCGCACUACCCCAAAGUGUAUGCAAAGCCGGAAAUCAGGGCAAUGUUGAACCUCGAUUGGGACGAAUUUUUGACCAAGAUGAAGAGGCGCCAUGGUAAAGAAUAUUAUCUUCUAAAAACCCCCGUAGCCGUGUACCAUGACGGGCAAUUGAUAAGUGACCAAGGUAUCGAGCAGUUCAUCAAGGAAACAUACAGGAUUGAAAUUGAUAUGGAUUUUGAGCAAAUGGCCGAAAAGGAACUGAUUAAAUAUUUUACGCACAUUUUUGAAACUUAUAAACGGAAAUUUGUCUACUUGACCAUAGCAGUUGAUGAACGCGUGGUCGGUUCGAUGCUUUUUAUGCUUUAUAACGAUCUGGUCCCGAUAACUUGUGACAAUUUUUUAUUUCGUUGUACUAACAAAACUCGAGGCUAUAAAAACACAAAAGUACACAGAAUUGCGAAAUACAGUUGGAUACAGUGUGGCGGCUUCGACCUAGAACACAUUCCAAUGCCUUGUGAAAACUAUUCGGUACCACACGACAGAAGAGGGGUCAUUUCAAUGUGUAACAGAAAAAUACACGAGGACAAUAGUACCCAGUUCUACAUAACGCUUGAACCCGCAUCUUGGAUGGACUAUAAUUACGUUGCUUUCGGGCAAUUGGUUCAAGGUGCUGAAAUUUUGAAUUUAAUCGAAAAAAUCGGAACCUACUACGAAAAGCCAGUCCGAAAAAUCGAAAUUGUAAAUUGUGGCGAAUUCACACUGUGUCCAGUCCCCGAAGACGAGUACAGUAAGGCUUUAAACCCGCCGUUCGAAACGUUGUUCUCUCGGGAAGUACCGGUCGAUGAAGUAGACUCGAUUUUGAGUUUGACUGGUUACAAAGAAGGCAAAUACAGCCUCCAAACCGACUUAAAAUCCUAUCUCCCGUUCACACGAUAUUCGAGAAUGUUUGACACUUAUAUGAGGGACAUAGAGGUCGCCCCCGAGAUUGAUGAUGUCAUGAUUAAAAAAGUCGAGGAGGAGGAGGAGGAACCAGACGAGGAGUUGGAGAAAAAAUCGGAUGAUACCGUGGAUGCUUUAUUUUUUACUCGCAGCCGGACGUUUUAUCGCAAAUUUUAAAUAAAUGAUAAACUUUU